ACACACACCUAUAGUUUUGAUGGAUAUAAGUUUAACAGUCACUUGUCUUUUCUUGUUUAACAUGUUAAAGUGACACCUAUAGAGAGAAGGAUUUGUAUUGUUUACCUAGUAACAUAUUUGUAAUCUUCGUGAUGAAAUAUGGUUAUAUGCAUCAUAAAAAUUAGUCAUUUUCAAACUUGGGAAGUUCUUAUUCUAUCCUAGCGAGCGAAGAUUUAAAUCAUGGCGAGACUGGACGUACCUUUAGUUUUUUGUGGCUAUACAUUUUAUACAGUGUUGCUUUUACUCCAUCUCACUUCAUUGACAGUAUCUCAGUCUACCACAGACAGCAGUACCAACACUGCCAUUGCGCCAACUACUGUGAACAAUAAUUUGUCUGUCACUGACACUGAAGCAACAGAACUAUUUUCAUCAAAUUAUCCAUCAUCUUCUAUUUCAUCUAACAACUCAGAUGAAUCGAUUUCGCCAUCUUCAUCAUCCAUGUUCAUCGAUUCAACAUCAAAUUCAAGUAUCGCUAUAUCGGUAAAUUCAAGUAUCGCUAUAUCGGUUAAUUCAAGUAUCGAUAUGUCGCCAUACAAAUCCUCUUCUAGUCCGGUGAAUAUGAUGUCCUCCUCAAACUUAAGCAAUCUACUUGAGACAUCGGAAAAUCCUAUGACAGAAAGUAUGCCUAACAUGCAAUCAUCGAGUGACACUGUUACAGUAACAAGCACAAGUGUUUACAAUUCGAAUUCAAAUAAUCAAAAUAGUUUAAGUCAAACUACUUCAGGUUUUCAACCUGAAAUAACACAGACAACAGACAUUUUAGAAACAAAUAGCCCGAUGAUAACUACGGGACUUAAUACAAUGACAAGUAUAGAUCCAUCACCAUCGUCAAUAGAAACUAUCGAAUCGUCUGAACCAAUCGAUUUAGAAUCGUCAGUAUCGGAAUACCUCACAUCAUCCGACAUUGAAGCAACAUCGUCAAUAUUAGCCACAGAAAAUCCUUCUUUGACAUCAGUCGGUACUGAAAUGACAUCAACACCCAUUGUAGAUGCGUCAUCGUCAGUAUCAACUGAUUCAUUGAAAUCGGACAUGCCAAGCAGCUCGGAAACACCAAUAUCGUCAGAAAUUCAAAGUGCUUCCAGUAGUGUUUCCUCUCUUGGUAUCGUACCAUCGUCGACCGUAAUCGCAGCUGCCAGUAGUUCUAAUAUUCAAGUAUCGAGUUCAGUUUUACCGAUGACAACGACGACGUCAACAACAACACCUACACCGUCGACCACAACUAUACCUCCUUCAUCAACGUUAGCAGACGACAUUCAAUCAUCAAUAGAUGGAAAUAGUUUAUUUGAAGUUAAUGCAGCAUUAGAUAUCAUAUGUGGCAACAUGACCAGCGAUGAGGAACUAAGAGGAUUUAUACAAGGGGUAUUGAAAACCGUGGAGGCAGUUAAAAAAGUUGUUGUUGUAAAGAAUGGGUGUCCAAACAAAACGAGGAGAAAACGUGCAGCCAGUGCAUUAACAUCAGAAGUUAAAAUGUCUGUCGAUGCCAAUACGGCGGCAGAAAAUCCAAAAGCAGUCGCAAAUCAGAUUACGGAGGCAUUUAAAAACAAUACCAAAUUUAAUUUAACUGACGCCGACAACUUUAGAGCCUCGGCUCAAAAAACGUUUAAUGAUUCAUGUAAAGCUGGUGUGUGUAAUAAUCUUUAUGGAUAUAUGUGUACUAGAAUAAAUUCAACACAUGGUACGUGCACGAGUAGAUGUAAAGGUGAAACUUGUUCUGACCAUGGAACCUGCAGUACCAUAGUAACAGAUAGUAACGUUUUUGGACAUCAUUGUUCGUGCCACAGUGAAGAAUAUUAUAAAUAUGAAGGAGACAACUGCGAAGACAAAAGAAUGAAAUGGGAAUUAGCUGUUGCCAUAGCAGCCGGAUCAGGGGGAGCAGUUAUUUUAAUCUUAGUUUUUGUUCUAAUAAUAUGCUGUUGCUGUAAAAAUAAAGGAGACAAGUAUGGAUAUGAUAGAAGACACAGUUAUGAACCAAUGUCAGAUGUUAUAGGAAGAUCUGGACCUGCGUAUUAUAGAAAUGACACUAAAAAUCAACAACCGGUGAGUGGGUUUACAAAUUUAGGUUAUGAUGAUGAUAAAUAUAGUGACUAUAGUGAUCCAAGUCAAACAAGGCCCCCAAACGGACAAUCAUGGAAUCCAGAGGAUAGCAAAGACACAUAUGCAAAAAUAACUGAACAGUUAGACCAAGAAAAACGUUUUGAGAUAAAAAGACCACAGGUAUCUGGAAGUAUACGACAGAAUUCAAGCGCGGAGGCAACAACAGGAUUUUAAAAUACAACAGCAGCCAUACCAUGGAGAGAACAAUAUUCUUAAUUAUAGUAUUGGUUAUUAGAUGUGUUUAAACUAUUUGCUCUUCCGUCAUAAUGAUCAUACUUUGUAGUUUGAUAGAUUGAAGUGCCCCACCUACGAUAGUAGAGGGGCAUUAUGUUUUCUAAUCUGUGCGUCCGUUUGUCCGUUCGUCCUUUUAUCCGUCUGUCCCACUUCAGGUUAAAGUUUUUGGUCAAGGUAGUUUUUGAUGAAGUUGAAAUCCAAUCAACUUGAAACUCAAUACACAUGUUCUCUAUGAUAUUAUAUUUCUAAUUUUAAUGCCAAAAUUAGAGUUUUUACCCUAAUUUGACGGUCCACUGAACAUAGAAAAUGGCACUGCGAGUGGGGCAUCCGUGUACUGUGGACACAUACUUGUUUUUAUAUAUUCAAAAUGCAAUAACGAGACAAACGUUUGUUAUAUAUCUCUAAAUGAUCUGAUAUUAUAUAUGCUUAAUUUGUCCAUUCAUGUUGUUAAAAUUUUCAUCGUUUGUUUAGUUGGUCUUGUUUUUGAUAUUGUUUGUUUUAUUUUUACAUCCUUAUAUAUGUGUCUAAUAGCAGUUUACAAACACAAUGGCAAUAGACAUCUUUAGAGCUCGAUGCAUUUCUGUCAACAAUUCUAGUUUUAAUGAACAUCAUUCGUCCAUUGAGGGGCAUCGUCACUACCGUUUCCAUGUUGAGCUUUUGGCUGGAAAACAAUGAUGCUAUAUUACACAAAUUAAUCGACGAAUUAAAUUCUCAUAAUUGACAAUUAGCCCUGCUGAAAUAAGGAAAUUGUGAUAAAGUACCUACCGAACCAACAUUGUUUCUAGUUUAUCCUGCACAAUGACGAUCACUAAGAUGCUUGAUGAACGUUUAUAGUAUAGGGAUACAGGCGCUCCCCUCUAUCUGGUAAAUGACGUCAUAAAGGCGCGCAUAGUUGACGAGGGUUUUUUUUUUCUGGUAAAAAACAAACUCGAAAGUGGUCUAUUGUAGGAACACAUAUUCUUAAAAGGCUUUGGGAUAUAUUUUGGAUACUGAUGAUUUUUUAUGGAUGAAGAACUCUUGCAACCUAAUUUAAAUAUCGAAAAAAGUAUACAUUAAACAUUUAAGUGUCAAGAUAUACAGCCAAUUAAACAAUUCUGAAGUAGGACUUGACAUGUAUAAUAUAAACAAUAGAACUUAUCAUGGUUGAAGAAAACUUAAAGUCAUCGAAUCCAUUGUGGGUAUUUGGAAACAUAUCAACAGUUAAAGAUACUGGAAGGUUAUGAAAACACAACUUUAAGCUUAAGGCUACUCUGCACCUAAUCGGAUUCCUUUGUGUAGUCAAUAUUCAUGUCUACCUGGAUAGUAUAGAGCUAAGCUAAUGACUGUCAUUGAAUCUUUACAUACUGUUGAGAGUUCAUUCAUCAUCACUAUAUAUGAUAUUUCAAUAUUGAAACUAUAUUCACUCAUGGAAAUCUCUUAUUUUCAUUUUUAUCAUUUGUCUGUUGUGUUAUAAUAAUUUGUUUUGCUUUGUAUAUUGUUAUAUUUAUUAUUGCGAACAAAGUCCUUCUAAUCAUAUUCCCCCAAGUGUAAUUUAUUUUUGAUUAUCAUAUUCGGAUGGACUUUGAAUACUUCUUUAUAUUUUUAGAUGUAAACUUAUCUUGUAUUACAUACCAUUUGCACAUAUCAAACAUUUGAUAACGGAAUAAAUGUCUGGCUCACUGUAAUCUUGAUAUUUAUGAUGAGUUACGUAAUUUAUCAUUAUGAGUUUUUCUAUUGUUGUAUACCCUUGUAAAGAAAUUUUUCUUCUAUUUUAAAUAAAGAUUUAUAGAAUGUGGAAUGGGGAAAAGGAACUCGUCGGGAUCAACUUAUUCAUUUACUGUUUGAUUUUUGUAGCUUACCUUUUAACUAGAAGAUGGACAAAUUGUUUCUUCAAAUCAAGCUAACAAAAAAACCGUUGUUAUAAUAAUUAAACCAACAGAGUUAUAAAAUAUAGAAAAAUGAUCCUUGAAUUGUCUUAACAUGCUUAAUGAAAUCCUUUGAUAUUCUUAUAACAACAAGCCCCCCCCCCCCUGGCAAAUGUUAUUAUGCCAUGUACGAAAGUACAUGUAUAUCAAGAAAGGCACUUCUGACGCAAGUAAUGUUAAAGUUUUAAUUUCAUUUAAACCUCAAAUCAUGUUUUAUCCAAUGUUUUAUUUUAAGUGGUACACACUGCACUCACAACACUGUGAGUAUGUCACAAGUAGUACUUUCUCUCGGUCAAUAUCUGCAACGGACAGUAACCAAUCUAGUACCAAACAAUUUUGUGUUGACAUGAAAUGUCAUUGACAUGUUCAUUUUCUAAAAAUAAGCUGUUAAUAAAAGGGUGAUUUAUUCGAAACACUAAUGUUUUUCAACCCUCAGGCAUAGAAACCCUUAACUAAAAUUUGCAAUUUUUUUCGGAAAAUCUGGGGUAUUAAUGCUUUUCAGCUUUGUAUAAAACUGACUUGCGAAGUAUUUUAAUCCGAGUGUCACUAAAGAGACGAAACGUGCUUCUGUCGUUUCAAAUUGUAAACCUUGUAAAUUUGAUUACAUUUUCUAUGAACUAUUUAGUAGAACCCUGUAGUUGUUAAAUAUGUAAACUUUUAUUUCAUUGACAUCACUUUCAUUUUAUAUUCAUGUUUUUACGAAAACGUUCAACUUUAUUUCAAUAGGUUUUAAAAUAAAUGCUGAAUUAAAACAUCUUGACAUUACUGAUAUCAAGGUGUUGUUGCUCAUGAAGAUCUACGCAUUUACUUUCCUUUUCUAUAGAUUUAUAUUUAUACAUAUAGCAUUCACAGAGAUACGCUGAAUCUAAUUCAUGUUCAUGUAGUUAUAUUUCUGUUACAUCAAUGUGCAUAUUUAUUCCGCAGAAUCCCUUUUUUUUCGUGUGUCCAUCAUGAAGCUAGUUACCAAAGUCAUGUGUAUGAAAAAUUGUGCAUUUGUUGUUGAUUUAUCUAAUGCAUUGAUUUAUGUUUUAAAUUAAAAAAAGUAUUUUAAAUGAAAAAAUCAAGAAUUUUAC